GGUGCUGCCGCAGACUCCUCGAUGUACAACGAAGCUCGAUUUCGCGACCUACCUGUGCGGAAUGGCCAUUACUACCUGGCUGAUGCUGGGUUCGGGUUUUGUGACUCGCUUCUCAUACCUUAUCGAGGAACUCGGUACCACCUCCAUGAAUGG